AUGAGGGAACCAGCACAGAGCUGGGGAUAAUACCUGAGUCUCCAAGGAUCAGCGUGUCAGGGAGAGCUGCCGCUGAUGGACACAGGCCCUGCGUCCUCCACUGGUUCACUGGGGCCAUGUCAGUGGCAGCCUCUGUGACACAGCCUGCCUCUAUACUGCCUUCUCUAUGGAAGAACCAAGUGGCCUUGGAAGAGGGUAAGAUAAUGUUUCAGACGUGGGCUCUGCAAAUGAAGGGCUUGAGGCUGGGGCCAGUGCCAGCAUCCUCGCGUGUCCGGGUGAGGAUCAUGCUGGUGUUGGUACUGAGUUUCCUGCCGAGCAUGUACUGUGACCUGGCAUCAGUGUAUUACUCUGCCUAUGAAACAGUCAUCCCCAGGAGUCUGACAGUUGAGGGAGGGGAAGAGCCAGGGGGAGAGGCAGCCUAUGUGAUACUUAUGCAGGGCCAGAAGCAGCUGAUACACCUGAAGGUGAAGAGAGACUAUUUUGUGACUAACUUUCCGGUCUUCAGCUACCACAAUGGCAUCGUGAGGCAGGAAGCGCCUUUCAUUUCACACGACUGUCACUAUGAAGGCUACAUAGAAGGAGUCCCGGGGUCCUUUGUUUCUGUCAACACCUGUUCGGGCCUCAGGGGCAUCCUGAUUAAGGAGGCAAAAUCCUACGGCAUCCAGCCCAUCAACUCUUCCAAACGGUUUGAACACGUGUUGUACGCCAUGGCACGUGAAGCUCCAGUGUCCUGCAGUGUCGCCGCCAAAGACAGCCAGGUGGCGUCCAGCAGCCGGCACCACGAGAGCGGGAAGCCUGGCAGUCCACAGGCGCUGGCCUCCUUGUGGUCACACACCAAGUACGUGGAGAUGGUCGUCGUGGUCAACCACCAGCGGUUCCAGAUGUGGGGCAGUAACGUCAGUGAGACGGUCCAGAGAGUGGUGGACAUCAUUGCUCUGGCCAACAGCUUCACGAGGGGAAUAAACACAGAGGUGGUGCUGGCUGGAAUGGAGAUUUGGAGCGAGGGGGACCUCGUAGAGGUGCCAGGGGACCUGCAAGUUACACUCAGGAAUUUCAAUAGCUGGAGACAGGAGACGCUUUUCCGUCGGGUGAAGCAUGACGUUGCCCACAUGAUUGUUGGACAGCAUCCUGAAGAGGGCACAGGACAGGCAUUUCUCAGUGGUGCCUGUUCGAGGAGCUUUGCAGCGGCCGUUGAAUCCUUCCAUCAUGAAGAUGUCCUCCUGUUUGCGGCGCUCAUGGUCCACGAGCUUGGGCACAACUUGGGUAUUCAGCACGACCACUCGGCCUGCGUUUGUGAAGACAGACCCUUUGGCCUCAUGCACGAGACCAUCAGUCAAGAAAGUGGCUUCAGCAACUGCAGCUCUGCCUACUUCUCCCAGUUCCUGCGGGAGCACAAAGGGGCCUGCCUGUUUAACAACCCUCGGCGCAGAGGCCGCUGGCGUCGGGCUGCUGUGUGUGGAAAUGGCGUGGUGGAGGACAGUGAGCAGUGUGACUGUGGUACUCAGUGUGGCAGUGAUUCAUGCUGUGACCACACAUGCAGGCUGAUCAAAGAUGCAGUGUGCAUUCCUGGACCUUGCUGUAAUAUAACAUGCCAAUUUCAAGAAAAGGGAUUCACGUGCCGUUUUGCUGAGGGAGAGUGUGACCUCCCGGAGUACUGUGAUGGUUCCUCUAGCGAAUGCCCCACAGACAGCUACAAGCAAGAUGGCACAUUGUGUGAUAGAUAUUUCUAUUGUGCCCAUGGUGUGUGCAGAAACCCUGAUAAUCAAUGUGCACAGAUUUUUGGGGAACAUGCAAAGUCUGCUCCAGAGCUGUGUUAUAGUUUGAUAAACCGCAAAGGGGACCGGUUUGGAAACUGUGGCGUUCAUACCUCAAAUAACCUAGGAUACGUUAAGUGUGAAAAUAUAAAUAUAUUUUGUGGGAAGAUUGUAUGUACACUUGUUAAACAGCUACCAUCAAUCAAACCCUAUCAUACACUGAUCCAGAUUCCUUACGAAGAUGACUACUGCUGGAGCAUGGAUGCCUAUAACACUACUGAUGUCCCUGAUGAUGGGGACACGCAACCUGGCACUCUCUGUGCCUUAUACAAAGUCUGCAUGAAUAGCUCCUGCACUGAUUAUACCGAGCUCAACUAUGACUGCAAACCAGAGGAAAUGUGUAACGGGAAAGGAGUAUGCAACAAUCUAAAGCACUGCCAUUGUGACAAUGGCUAUGCGCCUCCUGACUGCAAAAACUUAGGUAACGGAGGUAGUGUGGACAGUGGCCCUCCUGGUGAGUCAAGUGCAGGACACACAGGUGGAAGUGGAAGUCAGAUCACUCAGAAACCUGACGAAAAUGAACGUGUAUUAGACAAGAUGAUCUCAAUCUUCUUUAUAUUUUUUAUCAUAUUAUUAUUAAUGAUACUUAUUUGCAUGUACUUCCUUUAUAAAAGUUCACAAGUACAGCUCACAGAAAUGGGCCUAGAAGAGGCUGCAGAAAAGCCCCCAAAAGCCAAGCCAGAAGAGGUUGCCCCAGAAGAGGCUGCGCCAGAAGAGGUUGCCCCAGAAGAAGGUGCCCCAGAAGAGGCUACCCCCACAGAAACUCCCCCAGAAAAGGCUGCCUCCAAAGAGGCUGUCCCAGAAGAGGCUACCCCAGAAGAUGUUCCAUUAGAAGGGUCUGCCCCAGAAGAAGUAGAAGCAGAUGAAGCCGAGGCAUAAAACAAGUAGUGGGAGGAAGAAGCCAAAUAUAUGAAACACCUCAAGCACUGAGAGGGAACUAGAAGCUUGGUGACACAAACGUGAAGUGGGAACUGAUAGCUGGCAGUGACUAAGAUUAAACAGUCUACAGAAAUAUACUAAUGCAGGAGGAGGAAUUUUCUCAUUUUUAUUAUUCAUUUUAGUAAUUAAGGUUUUAUUUAAUAUGUUAAACAUUUUACUAGUUUUUGCUUUUUCACAUUGCAUAUGAACUCUCCACAUGCAUCUGUGACAUCAAUGUCCUUGUCUUGGGCCAAUUUUUCCAACCACCAGAAACUUUUUCAAGACAUGCUAUCUUUCACCUAAGUUGUUUGAGAUACACUAUUCUAUGUACCUGCAUUUAUUACUAUCACUUGGAUUUUUAUUUCAAGUAACAACUACCUAUUAUAUGAGGACAGUUGUUUAUGUGAUCGAUUGUUCUACUUUGCCUAUAAAUGUGCAUUCAUGAAACAAGGAGUUUUUAUAUCCAAAAAUAAAGAAAACCCUGUUCAGAUUAGACAUCUCUUCAGAUUGUAUAUGGUGUAGUUCAUUGAGUCCGUUUUGUUCUGGGACUCUGUGGAGGGACUGUAUCUGAUGAAGUAGAAGACCCUGACCACUCCAGGGUCAAGAGGCCAGUGUUGGAGUCACACACCUUUUGAAAUCUGGCAGAUGUUUAACAUUAUUUAUGUAUAUUCAAUUUAUUACUUCCCAGUAUUUCCGGGUCUUUCCUAUAGCCAUACUCCCUUUCUACCCAAAAUAUUUAUUUUUCUUCUAAAGCAGCUUUCAUAGCCCUUCCUCUUUACUAAUCUUCCCGGGAUGAUUUUCAGACAUCCAGAUAUCUCAUGUU